UGGUUGGGAGGUCUUCUUCAUUCAUUGGUCCAGCUCUUCCUUGUCCUACAGCUGCCCUUCUGUGGGCCUAAUGUGAUCAAUCACUUCGUCUGUGACUUGUACCCCUUGCUAGAGCUUGCGUGCACCAACACGUAUGUCAUCGGCCUGCUGGUGGUUGCCAACAGUGGUGUGAUCUGCCUCUUGAACUUCCUCAUGCUGGCUGCCUCCUACAUCGUCAUCCUGCGCUCCUUGAGGUCUCACAGUGCCGAGGGGAGGCGCAAAGCCCUCUCCACCUGUGGGGCCCACUUCACAGUUGUUGCCUUGUUCUUCGUGCCCUGUAUAUUUAUUUACAUGCGACCAUCCUCAACGUUGUCUAUCGAUAAAAUAGUGGCUGUGUUUUAUUGUAUUCUGACACCCAUGUUCAACCCCUUGAUUUAUACCCUAAGAAAUGCAGAGGUGAAAAACGCCAUGAGGAAUCUCUGGAGAAAAUGA